CCCUUCAGGCAACGGCAGUUUGGCCUGGCGUCGUCCCGCGGCGGGAUCAACCCUAAGCCCGUUGAACCCCGGUUGUUUUUCGUUUUCUCUCGUUGCCUCACUACCGGUCCCCGCCCUCCAGCUGCGUGGGAAAGCCGCUCGUGGACCACGACCCCGCCCACCUGUGAGAACUGCGGAGAGAGCAAGUGCCUCUCUGCUAGAAGUCCCGGUUCAGAGUGGGAGACAAAGGAAAGCGUUGAGCUGUGUCGUUCUUCCCGACUGUCCCCUCCUCCCCCCAACCAGCCACCGGGGCAGAGAAUGGGCUCUGAAGGCAGGGAUUCCCCUCUUCCUGAGCCUGCAGCUCGGGUCGGCUGUCAACUCGGGCUGAGACUGCGCGGGCUGGGGGCGGCUUCGGGGGGAAGCCGGCCCCCGGUCUCUGAGUCCGCCAUGCCCCCCCCAUCUGACGUGUUGAGUCAAGAUGAACUGCGAAAAAAGCUUUACCAGACGUUUAAGGAUCGAGGUAUACUGGACACGCUCAAGACACAGCUCCGAACGCAGCUGAUUCAGGAACUGAUGCACCGUGUCAGGAACGGAGAGCUGCAGCCCCGGUCCGUUUCCAUGGAAGGGAGCGCCCUCUUAAUAGGCGCAUCUAACUCUCUGGUGGCCAAUCACUUGAAGAGCUGUGGCUAUGAGUAUUCACUUUCUGUUUUCUUUCCGGAAACUGGUUUGGCCACCGAAAAGGUAUUUACUAUGCAAGAUCUAUUACAACUCCUCAAAAUCAACCCUGAAUCCAGUCUCUACAAAUCACUGAUUUCAGGAUUUGAUAACAAAAACAAAGGUUUUCUCGUGCAGUUUUUAAGUGCAAUCGCAGAAUAUCACCAGUCCCGAGUGAGCUGUGAUACGGGAACGCAGACAAGUUCACCGUUUCCUGGCAAAGACACACUUGCAGAGAAACUUCAGCUUAUUGACGAUCAGUUUGCAGCUGCUUAUGGCUUGGCCUUGGCUAACCGCCUGUCCCAACCCACUCUGGGCCUGGAGCCGCCUACGAGCAGCCGCAGCACACGGACACCCGGGCACCAUCUGCUGUCUGCCUGGACCAUCCCGGGUGCCGCCGACACACGCACAGACCUGUCUCAGCCCUCUCCAGAGCUGGUGGCUUUUCAGAAAGAACUAAAGAAAGCUGAGGACAUUAUUGCAUUCGAGCGUAAGGAGUUCCAGACGCACAGGCAGGCCCUGCAGAGGCAGCUGCAAAAGGAGAGUGAACAUUCCGCACAGCUGACAGCCCGGACACUUGAUUACGAGGACUCCGUAAAGAGGUUAACUAUACAGGUUGCUGACCUGAAAUUGCAACUGAAACAAACCCAGACAGCCCUAGAGAACGAGGUGUUGCGCAACACAAAGCAGUCUCUGCUCGGCCCUUCCAUCGGCACAUUACUGGGUGGCAACGUGGCGCUGCCUCGCGACGGUGACCUCAGCGGGGAUUUUUUGAAAACUGCUUUUGCACAGGAAAGGCUGAUGGCGGGCACGGUGGUGCCAAGGAUUGCAAGUUGCCCAAAUCCCAGCACCAAGAGUAGUUCCCCCGAUUCUGACCUGGAGUUUGUCGCCAAUACCAAGGCAAGGGUGAAAGAGCUACAGCAGGAGGCCGAAUGUUUGGAGAAAGUUUUCCAAUCUUACCGGCGAAGAGUGAAUCCGCACCUCACGCAAAGCACUUCCGCAGCCAAGAUCCCGCCACCCCUGCACCGGACAGCAGCGCUCGAGCACGCCACUCCCAGUGUCCCCGGAAGAUGUCCUUCUGCAGAGGUCGUGGCUGUCGCUGAGCAGCCGCUGGCGGGCCUGCCCGAGGAGGACAGGAGCAGCAGUUCGAGGGCGCGGCCACCUGGAACACCUGGGGGCUCUCCCUCCCGACGCCUCUCCUCCACUCCCCUGCCCAAGGCGAAAAGGAGCCUCCUUGAUAAAAUGUCUCUAGAAGGUGCAGACACACCCCGUGCUGCUGGCUGCAGUCCUGGUCCUGCCAGAACGCCCCGGCCAUCACCCGCCGUGUCCAGGCACAGCCCUUCAGUUCACACGCCACCCAGUUCUCCCGAGCAGGCCAGUCUUCAUCGAAGACAGACAGAACUUGAGGACCAAAGAGAAUUUUCUGAUCCGGACAAGCUACCUUUUAAGGACAAUGAGGAAUUUGGAUCGUCUUUUGAAUCUGCAGGGAGCUCACCGAGGCAGUUUGAAGUGGACGACCUCCAUCCCGCUGGCGACAUGCCUCACGUGGGUGCCACUGCCGCCGUGUCUGCCACGCCUGUCUCCUGUCGCCACCCGAGUAUGGAUCACAAAGAAAUGGGAGAACAGACAGAAGAAGAAAAAACGGGGGAAUGGCACAUGACAGAACAAAAGCAGAGAGAAGAAAGAAGGCAGAUCGAACUGCAAGAAGCUUUAGAAAGGGAACGAAGGGAGCUCCAGAAACCGGAGCAAGAGCGGAGGAUGACCGAAGAAUCAUUGACGACCGAAAUGGAAAAGGAAUUGGAAAUGAGUGUUGAAGAAAUGAAAGACCAAUCUGUGUGUGGUGAAAACCCUUUAGAGAAGUACAUGAAAAUUCUUCAGCAAAAUCAAGACCAGGAGCCUUCAGAUAAGAGUUCAGUGAAG